CGGUGUGUGAGCGAGACAACGCUAUGUACGUACAGUGAUGUCCCACUUCCACACCAAGCGGAUGAACAAACUCAAAAAGCAAGUAAAUUUAUUUUGUGUCGCAAUUCUACGCCAUAAAAAAAGGUUAUUGAAAUCAAUUUCAUUUCUACUAUUUGCAGUAGAAAAUGUACUCGUAUUUCAUUAUUGUGUUACUAUUACCGCCAUGCAUACUAUCUUCUUACUAUGAUGAAUUGUUAUCCGCGUAUCAUAGCCUUCUUUUAGCACAAGAUAAAGUAAGACAGACACGGGACAUGGCACAGUAUCGCCCUACUUUCGAAUGGCUGAGACAACAUACUUCGAAAACUACAAAAACUAAGAGGAAUAAAACAAAGAAGAAAACUAAACCUACGACCGAACCAGAAUAUGUAUCUUAUGAAGUAACUGUAAUGCCGACGAAAUUGCCGUUGAAUCCAGGAAAUAUGAAUGAGACAGUUUUCAGUAUAUUAAGAAGCGAACAAAGGGAAGCAAAUAAGACAUCACACAAGGAGUAUCCGUGGAUAGCCUACGUUGUGCAUUCCAGAGACAGAGACCAGCCUUUUCUGUGCAGUGCGGCUUGUAUAGAAGAACGGAUAUUUAUUACUGCCGCUCGCUGUCUUUACCGCGCAAAAGUGUAUUUAACAACCGUGGUCCACCAAGAAUCCAAGCUUCGACCGAUAGCCUUCGUGGUACCCACAAAAAACACAAAACAGUUGUUCGAUGACGUAGGCUUCAUCAUCGUGGACAGAACAAGCCACAAUUGGCAGACAGUUAAACUAUAUUCCGCAGCGGAUAAUAAAAACUUUACAAGAACCGAUAAUAAUUACGUUUGGCUGAGUACGAUGGGUGAGAUGGCGGGUACAGUGGUGGGAUAUGUCGAUGGCAGCAACAAACCUGCGGUUUUGUAUGAAGCAAAUGUUUUUAUGAGCGGUUUUUUGUGCCAACAUUUUUAUAACGUAGACAUUUUAAAAGAGCCAAAAUACUUCAGUGAUAACUUUUUCGUGCCAUGUUACCACACGUGCAAUCUGUGGAAUGGUUACAGUAAGUUCAAUUGUUUGAAGUGGUUGGCUGGAGAAGGGCUCGCUGUUUUACACCAGGAAUCUAAAAAACUAUUUGGUGUAGCCACCUGGGGAGGUUAUUUGGGCAAUGCACCUCAUGUGCCUUUGCCAGUCGGUAUGGCAAUACCGAAUUCUGCCAGUUUUCGAGAAGAUUUGGAAUGUGCGCGAAAGAUCAAAAAUGCGCCCGUAACGACGAACAGCUUUGCUGGUUUAUGCAAAUAGCGGAGGUGCAAUAUUGUAUCGAAUGUGUUUUUAACCCCCGACGCAAAAACAACGGGGUGUUAUAAGUUUGACGUGUCUGUCUGUCUGUCUGUCUGUUUGUCUGUCUGUGUGUGUGUCUGUCUGUGGCAUCGUAGCUCCCGA